AUGGGAUACGCCGACCCGUCGUCGGGUAAAGAUAUCCUCGGCAAUAGAUCUCUUUGUUUUAUGUUCCUUUGCGUAUUUGGACUUGUCACACUACUGCAACAGAUUCUCUAUGGAAAAAACUACAUUAAGAGUGCGCAACAGUUUAGCCGACUCAAAGGGGACGAGACAGGAAAUUGGACCGGUCCCGUUAAUUUCUCGGAUGAUGGAUCUCUGAAGCCUGCCAGAAAUGGAAGGAAAAGAUGUUUCCGUCAGAAUUUUCAGCCAGAUUCACAGAUCUCCGUAAUAGUCACACCCUGCCUAUCCGAUAUUAAGAAGAAAAAAAAAAGGUAUCUGGAAAACUACGAUGGCUCAUAUGAAUACAACUCCACUGCAUGCAGGGAGCUCAGACAAGAGAUUAUGGACGUCAAAGUCUUGACAAUGGUGAAAACCUCGGAUCUGUUUGAGAGAUGGCGAAACCUGCAGGUGUGUAGAUGGGAGCAGAACAAGGAGGAGACCAGCAACUUCAAGAUGUCUCUGUCUCGCUGCUGUAAUGCUCCUUCCUUUCUGUUCACCACCAAGAGGAACACUCCUGCAGGGACCAAGCUGAGGUACGAGGUGGACACCAGUGGUAUUCUUCCCAUCACCAGUGAAGUCUUCAAGAUGUUCCCAGAUGAUAUGCCAUAUUCCAAAUCGCAGUACAAGAAAUGUGCUGUUAUUGGAAAUGGCGGCAUCAUCAAGAACACCAAAUGUGGAAAGGAAAUUGACUCAGCAGAUUUUGUGUUUAGGUGCAACAUACCGCCCAUCAAUGAGAAGUACUCAGCUGAUGUUGGCACUAAAACAGAUCUGGUGACAAUAAAUCCGAGCAUUAUCUCUGAGAGAUUUCAGAAGCUGGAGAAAUGGCGUCGACCCUUCUACCAAGUCCUCCAGAACUACGAGAACUCCUCGGUGGUGCUUCCCGCCUUUUACAACACCCGCAACACUGACGUAUCUUUCAGAGUCAAGUACAUGCUGGAUGACUUCGACUCCCAGCGAGGCGUGUUCUUCUUCCACCCGCAGUACCUGCUCAACGUGCAGCGUUUCUGGGCGGUGCAGGGCGUCCGGGCCAAACGGGUCAGCAGCGGCCUGAUGCUCGUGACCGCCGCCUUGGAGAUGUGCGAGGAGGUCCACCUCUACGGUUUCUGGGCGUUUCCCAUGAACCCCUCCGGCAUCUUCAUCACUCACCACUACUAUGACAACGUCAAGCCACGGCCGGGCUUCCACGCAAUGCCCCAUGAAAUUUUCAACUUCAUUCACAUGCACACCCGCGGGAUCAUCAAUGUACACACGGGGCCGUGCACGUGAUCGCCCACUCCUCUGCUUUAACGUGGUUUACCUUUUAGAUAGUUAGUUUGUUUUAAACCAGUUUCUGUUUCACUUCGGUCAAUGAGACACUUCAGUAUUUCAAGAAAAGAGAGUUGGUCUUUAGAGCGUACACUUUUCUGCCCUCACGAGUUCCACGACACAGUGAAGGCUGCUUACUUUAGCUGCCAACAUACUCUAUUUUUGAUGUGAACCUUAAGUUGUUUACCUAGCCAAUCAAAUCACUAUGGUUAUCUCCGACUCUCUGAUCGUAGGAUGCUUGUUUUUAAUGUGAAAAGUGGUCAUCAUAGUGAUGUUGUUUCUGUGAAGUUUUCUAGUGGCUCUGCUGUACAGAGGUGUUGUUUUCUACUCAACAUUGCACAGAUAUUUAUUCUGAAAUGGGCCGCAGUGGGUGUCUUUGUGCCCCCUCAUUCCCCCUGUCUUCUCUCUUUAUCUUGGACACUCUGUGGGUGUGGCAGCUUUUAAUGUUUGUGUAAAACAAAACCUGAACCUUAGUAUUAAGCUAAUAUUUGAAAAACAAAAAAACACGAUAAAAUUCUAACAUCCAAUUGUCUACUUUUGUAAUCUAUUUCCUAUUCUCUGGGUGAAUAUUUUAAAACACUAUUCAAAUGGUCUGUUUUCAGAGGCCUACUUACUCCCAAUAAAAAAAAAAAACCUCUGAUAUUUCUGGUUAAAAAAGAGGUGCAUGCAGAAGGGAGAAUGUUUUUUUUGGUUUGUCAUGGUUUUGGACAAAAGCCAGAUAAAUAUUUGGAAAUGACACCACGUGAGCAAAACUUGGACUUUCAAGGCCGUGUAAUUUGUAGAGUAACAUUGUAGUCACAGUACUGUUGAGCGACCCCAGCCUCUCGUUGUCAUUUAUGUCUUAAGCCAUGCUGCCUUAUGAGAUAUAAAACCCCUCUAUACGAUAUGCAAUGCACCCAUGUGUUUUGCUUAACUACAAAUACAUCACCAUCAAACAAAAUUUUAGUGUUUCUCUUAAAUCAAAGGACAAUUAAGACUCACUAAGGUAAAUACAUUCAUGUGCAGUUCUCAGUUUAUAAUCUAUUGGAAUUAGAGAAGUCUUACCCCCUGUAAACUCCAUUCAUAAUCAUGUAACGCUCUGCAUGACUUUACUCUAUACUUGGCUUUGUGUGUGCCUGCUUCAAUGAUCACUGAAAUGUUUACACUUAAGACUCCACUGGAGCUCACAGUGCUUUUGGAGAUAUAUACACGAACCUAGACGCAGAGAGAUGAAUGGAUUUGUUGAAUUGUACAUUAACAGACCUAGUUCUUAUUGAUCAAAGAUGCACGAAUAUGGUUGCUGCCCUUUUUGUGAAAUGCUACAACACUCUCAUUUCUACUGUAUUGUUUCACCUUCCCAUUUGAAAUGUGGACCUUCAGCUUGCACUCUAGAAAGCAUGUGCAUUUACGCACUGGAAAGCUGUGUAAGUUUUUACCUUUUAUUUAGUUUUACACUGCAAAAGGUUUUCAAGAGACUGUGACAUAAUAUUUUGUCGCUCCUCUAUUCAUGCUCUGCUCUGCACAUCUCCAUUAUUUAUUUGUAUUUGAGGGACAUCGUUGCUAAUAAGAUGUAUGUUGUUUAUUUCAUGAUUUAUACAGACUAUUUGUGUGUUUAUGCACAAGACAUAUUAGUUCAGCAAAUAUGAACACCAAAAAUGUUUCAGCUUGACCACUAAAAUUUCUUGCACAGACACAAAUUAAUAGAGAAUGGAAUAGGAAGGUAACUGGUCUGUGUACUGAAAGGAGGUAAUGUAUAACAGUGCUUCU